CCUGCUGCGACACUGUGCUCCUCAGCCUCUAAUCUGCUGCCUCCCACUGGGACCUCCGCCCUCCCGCUUCACCGCCACCAGCACCAUGGAUAGCUCCGGGAUGCUCCGCGGGCUGCUGCUCGUCGGCCUGCUGUCCGUCCUGUGCCACGGCCAGGCAUCACGGGAAGUCUCCGCAGAAGACUUUGGAGAGAAGAAACAAGAAGCAGCUGUAGACAGAGACCUGCUAGAGGCACUGGACGUGCUCCUGGGCAGAAACCAUAAUCAAGUCUCCUCCCCUGAGAAAAGAGGAAGCAUCCCACUGUGCGGGUUGGGGAACCGGUGUGCCAUGAAGUACGGGCCUCGCAUCGGGAAGCUCUGCGACUGUGGAAGAGGAGCCAACUGCAACUCCUACCUCCUCAAGUGCAUCUAAACCGCCCAGGGCUCUCCUUUAAUUUGUCACCUCUGCUAUGCCAAACACAUCCUUCAGCACAGCUCCCAUAAACCAACCCUUUCAUUUAUAGUCAUAGCUGUUGUUAAACAGUUGUCGCCUGAGGAUAAGCAUGGAUUUUGUACUGCUGACAGUACUGAAUAUGUUGUG